UUCUGUGACUUUCUGUAACUUUUUUUCAGAGAGCUCAGAACUGAGUAUAAUGAGAUCAGUGUGGCAUUCUGCAUUUCUUUGAUUCUGCAGACUAAUCCUGUAGUAUAUUUAGUACUUGCAAAUCCAGAUUUCCCUUCCAGCUAAACAGGAGACCAGAAAUUCACAGUUUCUGGGAUGCUGCACCAAUAUGUUGAGGUGAAGCACCAGAAUGAAAGACAUGGACAAUAUCAAAACUGUCAAGAAAGAAUGGUGUAAAUCAGGAACUGAUGAUCAGAUUUUGAAUGGCACAGAACAAAGCUGUGAAUACUUUGUAGAUAAUCUUUUUGAAGAAGCUCAGAAGGUUGGUGCUAUAUGUAUGCCUCCAACUACAGUCAAGAACCAGGUUGAUGUAAUCAUUAAACUUUGGAAAAAUGGGUUUACAGUAAAUGAUGGUGAACUUAGGAGCUACACUGAUGUUGCAAACCAGCAGUUCUUGGACUCCAUAAAAAAAGGGGAACUGCCUUUUGAGCUACGGAAAGUUUUUGAUAAAGAGGAGGUAGAUGUGAAAGUGGAAGAUAAAAAAGAUAAGUUGUAUUUGUCAUCACAAAAGCCAGUGUUUCAUCCUUUUUCUGGACACGGUUACAGAUUAGGAAGUGCUACUCCAAGGAUAAUCUCCAAAGUAAGAGAUGAUCAUCAAGGACCUGACAACAAAAGGCACCUCCCUUUAGUACCGUUAAACAAUUUGGAGCCUAUCACUAACAUCCAGAUCUGGUUAGCUGAUGGAGAAAGGAUAAUUCAGAAAUUCAAUGUUUCUCACAGAAUAAGCCAUGUCAGAGACUUCAUAACAAAGUAUCAAGGAUCAGAGGGAAGUGUCCCCUUUAUGCUGACUACUUCGCUGCCAUUUCGAGAGCUGCGAGAUGAGACACUCACACUACAGGAAGCAAAGCUUCAAAAUGCAGUUGUUGUUCAGAGACUUUGGAAAACAACUGAACCUUUCAGGCUCUUAGUGAUGAAAACACCUGACAAUGACUAUAAAACUGCUGCUACACCCAAUGGACAGCUCAAGAAUGAGCGAAAAAACACUAUCAAAAGUACAUGAUCAAAUUAGCUUUUAACUGGCCAAAACCUGCAUGCAGGUGGGACUAUACAAAACCAAAAAUGUAACCAGCAAUAUCUGGAUGCACUCUCAUCCUCCCGUACUGUGCUCUUAGAGAGCAAAAUUUGUGCUGUGCUAUCAUUUGCUAUAAUAGAAGUAUUUUUAACUAAAUUUGGUGGUCAGAGACUGGCUAUAAUGUAGCAGAGGUAACUGUAGAACAGGUCAUCCUUACAAUUCCUUAGGUAGAAAGCUUCUAAGUUCUUAGUAAGUAUAUUUAAGUGGAACAGUUCUCUGAGAUUUAUUUACUACUGACAGCACCUUUUAAGGAACAAAUAGUAUUUAUUUUUGCACUUUGGACAGUGAGACUGAACAGAUUGUUUCACUUACAUUUUAGAGUAAGCUGCUGCAGUUUGCAUUCUUCUCACAGUAACUUUUAGGCAACAGAUGUUCAGGGAAGCUCACAUUUGAACUCUUAUCUAACUUGUAAACCUUCAGUAUCUUCAGGAUUUAAUUUUUUCACAAGAUCUGCAGUGUAAUGUUCUGUCGGGUCUUCACAUGGUGGUAGGUGCAUGUGUGAGAAGAUAGAAAUGAGGUAGUCUGGCGCAUACUGCAUAUGAAGUGCCUGAGAGUUCUGAAGGAAUUGUUAUUACUAGUACUAGUGGUAGAGAGGGUUUCUGCCUCUCUUGUGCUCCUACGAGUGUCUUAGAGAUUGUGAUGUUAAACUACCUAGCUCAUUAGGAUAGAAACCCACUUUUAUAGCCUUGUCGCACAAAAACUUCAGCUUUUGUGGAGAUUACCAUACAAAAUAGUGGUUUAGACAGAUGUAGUUGGCUUCAUACUAUGUAUCUGCCUGUGUCCUGAACUGAGACAAUAACUGCAUGUGGCCAAGUUUCAAAGACGUUGAAAAUCCUUAUUUGAAAACUGUGGUUUCUUUCCUCUUCCCCUCACUCCCCCUGCCCCAUUUCCAACCAAAUUGAUUGUUUUGGUAUUCAUGUACUUGAGGCAUAAAAUCUGUAGCCAACUAUUCCAUGUUUUGCUAAAGGAGAUAUCAACAUAAAAAUUAAAUAUUUUGUACUGUGUUUGCCAAGUAGCAUGUGGGUUUGUGAAUGGAGCUAGAGUCUCUAGUAAGACUUCAAUGAGUGCUGACUAGUCUGUGCUACCUAUGCAAGCGAAUGGGGUUGUAAUUCUUUUGCAUUGUUAAAUGAAAGAUGGGUUUGAGAUUUCCUGUUUUUUUUCUAAGUAGAAAAAUUAUUUAAUUGGACUGACUUGAAUUCCAUAAAAGUUCUGUUACUUCAAACUAGACAUGUGCUUGCUUCAUUCCCAGGAAUGUAAAAACUCCUUCGCUUCAUCAUCUCUCCAGGUAUGUUUGAGUGCAGUGAAAUGAAAGACAACUGCACAAAUACCUAUUCAGUGUAUUCAGAAAGCAAAUCUCAGAAACCUAUGCAGUUAACUGUUCUCAGUCCUAUAAAGUUGAUGUGCUGGUGUAUCAUUCAGGUUUAUGUAGCAAAUAAUCCAACUAGAUUUUCUUUGCUCUUGCACUGACUCCUCUACUAUAUGUAAAGCCUACCAGAUCUCUAGUAAUAGAAGGAAUGUGCAGACAAAUCUACUAGUAAAAUUGAAGAGACAAGUCACUCACAGACACAGAUCUGACCCUCAGUCUGCAGAACUUCCAGAACAGUGAAUUUUGUUAACUGGUGCUUUUGAAUUUGUCUUAAUGUAAAACUGCUGGAAAACCUUACAUGCUUGAUUGUGAGCUCAGUUGUUCGUAUCUAAAAGGUGCAUGAAAUGUCAAAAUACAUAGAAUUCAAGCUAGUCACAGUUAAAUUGGUAUAUGCUAGUCAAAGUAAUAUACUAUUCCUGCAUUUAUAGCAUAGAAAUUCAAAGGAGUAAGUAGUGUAAGACUGAUGAGGAGAAGUGUCAAAUUUUAACACAGGUAAAUCCAUUUUGCUUGUCAAAAAAUCAUGGUUUUGGAAAGGAGCAGUAUUUCAACACUGGUUCAUAUCUGCUACCACUAUCAUAAGAGACUGGGUAGUUUGUCUGGCUAUCUAUUGUGCUUUACUGAAAUAGGCUAGUUUUGGCUACAGCUUUGGUGUAUUUCUAUGUAAUUGCAAUUUGAAAGUGUCAUGAUCUUAAUUACAAAAUGGGAGCAAAUCUUUAAAAAAAAAAUCAGGAGUGAUGCUGACUGCACUAAUCCCUGUUAGGCUAGAAAGUGCCUUUAAAAAAAAGGCAACAAACUGUGACUGGAUAACUCACUGAUUUGGAGAAAAUCUUUGGAAUGAAUACAGGGCUCUCCUAAAUCUAA